AUGGCAGAGUGUGCUAAGGACUGGAACCCGAGGAGGCCUCCGCAUCAUGUGGUGCUGCAGUGGAUUGCGGAGGCGUGGGAUCAAGUCCCAACCCAGGUCAUCAUCGACGCGUUCAGGCACAGUGGGAUCGCAAGCAAGCUCGACUGGACCGAGAACAACCUUGUGAUGUCUCACCUGCGCGCGAAGAGCACCAUCGAUGUCUCAGAAGUCAUGUGCCUCGAGGGGAGCACGGGCGACAACACGCGCCUGCUUGGGCAGGCUCCGGAAGGGAAGGAGGAGGAGGAGGAGGAGGAGGAGGAGGAGGAGGAGGAGGAGGAGGAGGAGCAGCAGCUACAGGCGGAGGGCGUCAGGGAGGUCGGCAUGGCAACUGGGCUGGAGGUGCUGUACCAAGAGACACCCAACUACCGCGGAGCGGUGGCCGAGGCUGACCGCAUGAUCGAGCCCAGGCAGACGUCCAAGCACGCCUGUCGAGUGCCAGACUUCGGAGUGCAGGAGCCAGGCCCUCAGAAGUCAGACUUUUUUCUCUCAUUUGCAUGA